AUGCGUCCCAUUGAGAGACUAUUGCACCUCUCCAACCGGAGGAACGUGUCAGACAAGCAGUUUCUUCAUCUAUUCAAGCAGCUUGAUGGAAAAACCCCGGUGACGGCUGGAGAGUUUGUUGACCUAUUGGAAGACUCAAGCAAUGAAAGGUACUUGACAGUGGUAUCUCUAAUCAAAUUAAAUCUGUUCUGGAAAGCUGUUGCCAAGCUCCCGACAAACCAACAGGUGCGGAUCUUACGAAAGUACCAUUUGAAGAUUCAUCUCAUCACCGAUGUGGAGGCCUUUUUGCCGAUAUUUGUGGAAUACUCUGAACAUGUUUUGGAUCAGAAUAACGAAGAACUCUUGAACGAGUUGAUAUUCAAUUGGGGGACUUUGAUUCUGAAAUUCUCCUUGAAAGACAAGGAAGUGGUCAAGGUCUUUGUUACAAAGUUGAUGUCGUUCCUCAAUGCCAACAACUAUACGAAGCAGUUUGAAUACUGUAGUAACAAGUUCACUACCAGCAAACAGAAUUUGACUAUACAGCCGAGAUUGAACAACUUGAACCUUAAUGUGAAUUCUAAGAAUCAUUCCAGCUACGAAAGCAUCAAGAUCUUUUUUUACUUUAACGAGAUGUUCAAAAGCUACCAGGUUCCCGAUAAUGAAAAGCUCUUCAAGAACUUCAAUGAAGUGUUCAAAGGAGACUGCUAUAAGUUGAUUUACUCGAUGUUCAAUGGUAUAUAUUUGUCUGAACAGGCCAAACAACCGUCUUUUGUGAAAAACAACUGGUUGAACUUUUUGAGUUCACGGGUGCCAAAAUUGAUACUAUUGUACAAAGUAGACAAUUUGGAAGAUACUAUCAAUAAGGCGUUUGAAAACUUUGACAAUUUUGAUAAAAUCAAUACGAACUUGAAACAGUAUUUUAUUAAAUCAUUAAUUUUCAACAAGAUCUUGUCCAUAAAGUCUUUCCAUAGGUUUUUCCCCAACGAAGGAAAGGUAAACCAGCAAACUUUGAUACAUGAAAUGUCGAACGUCAACUCAUCAGAAAACUUUCAAGACAAUCUUAAUGACAAACUAUACAGCAUCAACUGUGAAUUCAUUUCUAUUGACGAAUCCAACCUAAUGGAGUAUCUCGAUACCACCAUCAAUAAAGUUGAGUUUUCGAUGCAGAAACAAGUUGAUUUGAUAUCAACCAUGAAGAAUAUGAUGGACUUGUUGGUGGAUGAGCAGAGCUUAGAAAAAUUGAACAGAUUGUUGUUGAUAUUACUAAAAAGCCCUAAAUUAUUCCAGGUCUUCAUGUUCAACUUGUCUGACAGGGAGAUCAUAUUCAAGUUGAUAAAACUUCUCGAUAACGACUCGUUCAAGUUGAAUGACAACAAUGAAGGAUCCUUCCAAGAAUUUUUUUCCUACUUUGGAGUGCUUUUGUUGUUCAUUAUGCAAUGUUCUGAGUAUAUCAAUAUGGAUUUCAAUAUGAAGAACUCAUUCACCUCAACUUAUUUGCAUAAUUAUAACUUAAACUACACCAACCUAACACCAGUUUUCAAUGAAGAGGUGGAAAAUGAUAAGACAAUUGCCAGUAACUAUAACAGUUUGAUCAACGAUUGGAUAAACUCAUUGUUUGACGAAGCGGAAGGAUUAUCUGAUGACUUGAUCAAGUCAAUUGAUGUGAAACAGGUUUAUCAAUUGAUCCCUUUAAUUUAUCAGCAAGCGGUGAUUGCAUUCAUCAACGGGAAGAUCAACUUGAAGAUACUAAACAAUGGUUUGGACUACCUCUCCCAAAACUUCUUGUUACCUUGCAGUGUGUCAAUAGUCAAGUGGAUUCUAAGUAAAAUAAGCUUGAAGAACAAAAAUUUGAACAACUAUUUAACGGUUCUAAAGGAAAUAAUGAAAAUAAUUCUGAAGGUCAAAGAUGAAUCAAGUAAUGAAUUGAAGCUUACCGCUGAGGUAGUAUUGAAUUUUAUUAUACAGUUGGCGGUUUCUGAGUUACGGUACCUUAAUAUUCCCGGAAACCUUAUAAACAAUGACAUGCUUACUGAACAAAUAAGAUUACUGGAAGCACCCGCCAAAGUUAACAGUUUAUGCUUUGAAGUGUUUGAAACCAAUUUGAUAAAAGCUUUGAAUGGCAAUGAGGCUGACUUCGAGCUCAUAAACUACUACGUGUAUUCCAGCGAUUCCAUGAUCAAAGACCUCUUAAUCACCCUUAACACAUCGAAUACCAGCAUCAAAACUAACAAUGAGAACCUCAAACUUGUCAUUGACUUUGUGAUUUUCAUAAACUUGAACAGGACCAUCAAAUCAGAACCUGUCAAGCAAUUUUGGAUCAACAAGUUUUCUUCAUUGAAGAUUGACACCAGCAAGUACGAUUUCAACACAACAUUUGAGAAGAAUAUUGACUACCAUUUUUCGACCAUUUUCAAUGUUGAUGGUAACGACGAUGGAAAUGAGGAUUUAGAAGAAGGGAAUGCUGACGAGUUGUUUGAGCCCAUUUCUUUCGACUACUGCUUAAACGAAAUGGCUAAAGCAUCAAAUGACCUUACCGAAUUUCUUUAUAUAGUGCAAAGAUUCCAAGACCUACUGGAAAAUAAGUCGUUCUUGCUGUCAAUUAACUUGAUCCAUACCAAGCUUUUGAACGAUCUCAAAAGCUUCCAGUGUUAA